AUGCCUGCUAAUGGGAACAGUCCCUUGAAAUUGCAAUUUGGUCUAAUCAACCAUGAGGGUCGUUACCUCACUGCUGAGACCUUUGGCUUCAAGGUGAAUGCGUCAGCUCCCAGCCUAAAGAAGAAGCAGAUAUGGACUCUAGAGCAGGACUCUCAGGACACCCAGGUGGUCUACUUGCGCAGCCACCUGGGACGGUACCUGGCCUCUGACAAGGAUGGCAAAGUCACCUGUGAGGCUGAUGGGCACAAUUCAGAUUGCCGCUUCCUCAUCGUGGCACAAUCAGACGGUCGCUGGGCUCUUCAGUCCGAGCAGCACCUCCGCUUCUUCGGUGGCUCUCGGGACUACCUGUCCUGCUUUGCCCAGGUAAUCACAGAUGCCGAGUUGUGGGCAGCGCGCCUGGCUCUACAUCCGCAAGCCAACCUUCUGUCUGUGGCCCGCAAACGUUACGCCCACCUCUCUACCGAGGAUGGGGAAAUUGCUGUGAAUGUGAACAUUCCCUGGGGUGUGGCAGCACUCCUGACUCUUGUGUACCAUGAUGGGAAGUACUGCCUUAAGACCUGCGACAGCCGCUUUCUCAGCAAUGACGGAAAGCUCUUGACGCAGUGUGGGAAGGCCACGGCCUACACGCUGGAGCUGAAGUGUGGGAAGCUGGCCUUUAAAGACUGUGAAGGGAAGUAUUUGUCUCCCAUGGGGCCUACAGGCACCCUGAGGUCUGGACGAUGCUCCAAGCCAGGCAAAGAUGAACUGUUUGACCUAGAGGAGAGCAACCCACAGGUGGUUCUGAUGACAGCUAAUGGGCGAUAUGUCUCCAUAAGACAAGGAGUAAGCCUUGCAGCCAAUCAGGAAGAUGAGACAGACAUGGAGACGUUUCAGAUGGAGAUCGACAAGGAAACCAGGAAGUGCACGUUCCGCACCAGCCAAGGAAACUACUGGGCUCUGGUGGCCCACGGAGGCAUCCAGAGUACUGCCACUGAAGUGUCAGCGAACACCAUGUUUUCAGUGGAGUGGCUUGGCCACAAGGUGGCACUAAAAGCUAACAAUGGAAAAUACAUUUGCACCAAGAAGAAUGGCCAGCUACUUGCUGUCAGUGAUUCCAUAGGUAAGAGCCCAUUCUCCUCCUCCUUCCUCUUCUACCUCUCUAUCUCACUAAUGUACCUCCUCCCUCAGACCCUGCCUUGGACUUCUCUUGUGUUCCUUCUGAUGUGUUGUCACGUUUUCUUAGGUGAGGAUGAACAGCUCAUUUUGAAACUGAUCAACCGACCCAUGCUGAUCUUGAGAGGAGAGAACGGCUUCAUCUGCCAUCACAGGAACUCCAACACACUCGACGCCAGCAGAUCGGUCUAUGACAUUUUCACCCUGCUGUUCAGUAACGGGGCCUACCAUAUUAAAAGUGUGGAUGGCCGGUUCUGGUACGUGGACAGUGCUGGGCUGGUAUGCUCAGACGGCGAGGCCCCUGAGGAUUUCUCUCUGGAGCUCCUGGAACAUGGCCGCCUCGCCAUCCGUGGCAAGAACGGCAAAUACCUGCGCGGAGACAAGGGAGGCACGCUGAAGGGAGACGGACUCAGCCUGAGCAGCUCAGCCCUGUGGGAGUAUUAACACUAUUUAAUAUUCUUCCAAUCCCAAGCUCUAACACUGUCCCCUCUCAUCGCUGAGUUAACCUCUUUUGAGGUGAGUGACAGUUACUCAUCAGCGCCGAGGUGCAGUUUGUCAUUUCAUCCCACUUGUUUUCUCCUUCCUGUUACAAAGAGGCGGGAGAAAGUGCACGAAGAGGGACUGACCAUGCACGUUCAGCCAAGAAAAGUCUUGAUGAAGAGAACAACGUUUUGAUCUCGAAAACAGCAAAAUUAGUGUGAAUGAACAUUUGAGUUUUUGUGUUGUUCCUUUGCAUUUUUUUCCCAAUGAGCAAUUCCUGCAAGAUUUAAUUAUUGUCUGAGGCGAAACUACAGAUUAAAAAAAACAUUUCAAUAAGACUUAUGCUGUGAAACUAAACAUCAGUGUGACAUACAACAGCAUCCUCUUUCUCCUCAUCUUUACCAUCCCAGCCUUUCUGCUGCUCCUUACAGUUACAGGUGUUACAUUAUGCAUGUACAGCAAGGCACCAAUGUGGUAAUACAGGUGUGUAAUGACACUUGUCACUCAUUUAGUUCAAGAGGUACAAUUGAUCAGUUACUGUAGAAACAGUAGACGACUGUAACUACAUCUACAUUUCUUCUUUCUUUUAUGAACAUAAAGAUACAAAAUGCACUUGU